AUGAAGUUUCUGACUGCUUCGGCCUUGAGCUGCUUUAUUACAUCUGUAAUUGCGGCGGAUUGCUUUGGUCAGCCUCAGACCGAUUUGGCAAAGACUUACGGGGACGCAUACUGGGAUGCUCGUCAGAAAAUGUGCUCGACUAGCGCAUCCGGAGGCGGAAGCUGUGAAUACCAAAAGGAUUGCACAACGUCUUCUUCAAAGACGGUGCACGGAUUUAUCACAUUAACGGAUAACGUUGAGUUUAAACGAUGGAAGGCCGGAGGAAGCGGAGGGUUCAAAGAUUGCUGGGACGCAACUGAUAGGGAUAUUAUCAACCAAUGCGUUGUUGGCUCAGGGCAGAUGGGCGGCACAUGGGUGGCUAAUGGCCAGGUUUACCAGUUGAAUUCGUGGUGGUCGAAUUGA